GUGUUCAGGAGGCCUAAGUAGUGCAUGAGAGGUAACCUUUCGCCUGUCCUUCCCUGAUGUUAGACUCAUUUCUGAGGGGAAGUGAGAAUUCAUGGUGACAAGAUAUGCAAAUAAAAGUAAAUGGACACUACUCCUUAUCUUGCACAGUUGAGGUGUUCAUUCCUAUUCAUCAGUUUCAGUGGGAGACAAGAAACACUGUGUUUUGUGAAUGGGUAUAUGGGCAGGCAUCUAAAUUUUUAAAGGGAUACAUGUUGAAAUGAUCUCUCUCUGAAAUUAUUAGCUAACUAAAAAAAAAAAAAAAAUUGCUGAUAGAUACAAGUGAAGAACUCUACAGUGUUAGACAAGCCUUAGUAUGGAAAUCCAAUAUGCAAAUGCGGUGUAAAAGUUUGUCACAAUUAUACAGCUUCUAUCAUAGAUGCAGAGCAUAAGGAAAGAUUAUAAUAAUUGUCACAAUUUUCUAAUGAUUGGAUUGAGUGAUUAGUUAGACCUUGAAGGCCUAGACUGAUAGGUUAAAGUAGUAAAGUAAGAACCUCAAUAGUCUGGCAUCCACUGGUUUGAUCUGGUGGCUUGGAGGGUUCUGCCAUUAGUAUGCAUGGCCACUGCCUUGCCAGCUUGGUCUGGUCACAAGUUUGCCAGAUUAUUGAGAGUGAAUUUCUACUGACCUCCCAGUAUUUACCUUUAACUAUGUUAUACUAGUUUUCAUUUUUAUGAGCAGCAGUUCACCCCAGUGGGAUUAUCACAGCAAUGCACCGAGCGGCUGUGGAAUGUCAUUAUGGUGCGAUUAAGCGACCCGGCAGCGAGUGUCACCCACCAGACCUGCCUUUCUGUGAUCAGAAUACUCAGCCGAGACAAGCAGUCCCUAAACAACGUGAUUGACAGCGAUAGGCUUGCAGUCAUCGUGCGUCUGGCAGGUCUAGUCCCCGAGGAAGAGGCCUUGCAACGCCUUAAUCAACAAAUUAAUUACGAUGUGGUGACAGAGGCUCAGAAAUGUCUGAGCAACCUGCUAUACAACAGCUCGGCCAUCCAGCGCAUGUGCUGCAUCAACAGCUGCAUCCCAGGCCUCAUGUGUCGCCUGAAGACCUUCAAAGACCCAGAUCUGCCGCAUCUUGUCAAGUAUUUUGACAUGAGGCUGCUCUUCUUACUGACAGCUUUCUGUGGAGAUAUUAGACCACGCCUGAGGUCGGAGUACCAUGGGCUGACCUACCUGAUCGAGAUCCUUGACCUGUCACUCAAGACAGCCCAGGAGGAGAGUGAGGUGCAGUCCGUCAACGGCUACCUCCCCAAUCCCAUUAUCUUCAACGAUGAACAGGCAGAGCUGGUUAAUGAGGUUCUCAAAGUUCUGUACAACUUGGUACUUCACAUCGACAAAAACAGCCCAGACGAGGAGGAGGACAGCCACUGCUUGCGUCUUAUCAGCAUCCUACGUUAUCUUCUCCUGGCCUCCACGCGCUGCCCUGAGAAGACAGAUUCCCUGCACAGCAACACGGUCAACCUGCUACUGGUGAUGCCUCCCAAGAUGUAUGAAGAACUUCUGUGUGAUAUGCCACAGGCCUCUGAGUCCCCAAUGCCUCCUCCAGCCCCAACAGUGGUUACUACCCAGCCUACCGCAGGGGCAACAGCUCUCAUGGAGGCUGCCUGCUUCACUGAAGUAGACUCAGACCUCAGCAAACAGAACGAACGAUCAUGCGAGUAUGACGGCAAAGACAUGACAGCCAUCAUUAAGCUGCUGGACUUCCUUGACUCCAGAUUGAAAUCGCCUGGCCAGUCAUCAAGCAAGAGCCUGAUGCCCAUUCUGACCCUGAUGGUGGAGAUGACGCAGGCCAACCGCACCAUCCGCAAGUUCAUCCGGCUGCGCAUCCUACCCCCCUUAAGGGAUGUGAGCAAGAGACCAGAGGAAGGCCACACCAUCCGGAACAAACUGUGCUCGCUCAUGACCUCUCCCCUGCACGACCUCAAGCACCUCUCGGCAAAUUUCUUGUUUAUUCUGUGCAAGGAGAGCGUUGACCGGCUGAUUAAAUACACGGGGUACGGCAAUGCAGCUGGUCUCCUUGCCUCUCGUGGCCUUAUGCUGGGAGGAAGCAAGCCGACUAUCGACUACUCAUCAGACUCUGAAGACUCAGACACUGAGGAAUAUGAACGAGUCAAGGACAUGAUCAACCCAGUUACCGGCCGCUAUGAACCCCCUCGGCCAUCGCCACUUGAUGGAAUGACAGAUGAACAAAAGGAACACGAGGCCAUGAAACUAGUCAAUGUGUUGGAUAAACUCACCAGGUAUUUGAUGCAUUUUUAUCCUUAUAAUUUUUUACAUGCUUUUUAUGAGUGGAGUGUGUAGAUGGAAAGGUUAAGGAAGAAAGUAAGAGAAGAGUAAAUAAGGAAUGAGAAAUGGGGAAGAGGAAUGAAGAGGAAAAAGAAAUGAAAUAAUUUGUAGACUGAGAUUGUAUGAGUGAUUGAGUGAGUGAAUGAGUGAGUGAGUGAAUGAUGAGUGAGUUAGU